AUGCCUCAGUUUACCAAGGACUUUAACGACAAAACAAAGGACAGAAAUGGAGAGGUGGUUCCAGUGGUUUUCACCAUACUUCCCAAUAAAACCUUUACCUUCGAGAUAAAGACCACCCCGGUUCCAAUAAUGAUCAAGAAGCACCUGAAUCUGGAGAAGGGAGCCUCCGAGCAGAAGCAGACUGUGGGAACUCUAUCCAAAGCCAAUCUUAGAAAGAUAGCGGAAUACAAGAUGAAGGAUUCCAAUGCCAACAGCAUUGAGGCUAUGGAAAGUAUGAUUAUCGGAACCGCUAAACAGAUGGGUGUUGUGAUUGAGGAAUAA